GCGCGCUGGGAAGAGGGGGAGCGGCUGCGUUCCCCUAGUCAAAGGGGGGUGGGGUGGGGAUGCCCCGGGCUCGGGGAGGGGCCAUAGCUUCGUCAGCCCAAGCAAAGCCACCCGUCAGUUCGGAUCGAGCAGAGCCAGAGCCCCCAGUGCUUUGCUCGCCCGCUYGUUCGCUAGCCCUUUCGAUCACUCCCUCUUUCCCUCCCUCCCUUCCUCCCGGCGGCCGCGGCGGCGCUGGGGAAGCGGCGAAGAGGAGUGGCCCGGCUCUGGAAGAAUGCAGCUCUGCCGAAGGGGCAGAACCCUUCGCAGUCACCCCACGGUUUAAGCAGUCCGAGCGGAGCCCAGGCGACCCAACCGUGUGGGUCACGGACUCUGCACCCGAACCGCUGGAGGCGCUGAUCAUCUGCGCACCGGAGCCUCCGGGCUUCGACAUGCUGGAGGAGCCCCGGCAGCGGCCUCCGCCCUCGGGCUUCGCGGGUCUUCUAUUCCUGGCCUUGUGCAGUAGGGCUCUAAGCAAUGAGAUUCUGGGCCUGAAACUGCCGGGCGAGCCGUCGCUGACGGCCAACACCGUGUGCUUGACGCUGUCGGGUCUGAGCAAGCGGCAGCUAGGCCUGUGCCUGCGCAGCCCCGACGUGACGGCGUCCGCCCUUCAAGGUCUGCAUAUCGCUGUCCACGAGUGUCAGCACCAGCUGCGCGACCAGCGCUGGAACUGCUCCGCGCUCGAGGGCGGCGGCCGCCUGCCGCACCACAGCGCCAUCCUGAAGCGUGGUUUCCGUGAGAGUGCUUUCUCCUUCUCCAUGUUGGCUGCUGGAGUCAUGCAUGCUGUUGCCACUGCCUGCAGCCUGGGCAAGCUGGUGAGCUGUGGCUGUGGCUGGAAGGGCAGUGGUGAGCAGGAUCGGCUGAGGGCCAAACUGCUGCAGUUGCAGGCACUGUCCCGGGGCAAGAGUUUUCCCCACUCCCUGCCCAGCCCUGUCCCAGGCUCAAGCCCCAGUCCUGGCCCCCAGGACACAUGGGAAUGGGGUGGCUGUAACCAUGACAUGGACUUUGGAGAGAAGUUCUCUCGGGAUUUUUUGGAUUCCAGGGAAGGUCCUCGGGACAUCCAGGCACGGAUGAGAAUUCACAACAACAGGGUGGGACGCCAGGUGGUAACUGAAAACCUAAAGCGGAAAUGUAAGUGCCAUGGCACUUCAGGCAGCUGCCAGUUCAAGACAUGCUGGAGAGCGGCCCCAGAGUUCCGGGCUGUGGGGGCAGCAUUGAGGGAGCGAUUGGGUCGAGCCAUCUUCAUUGAUACCCACAACCGCAAUUCUGGAGCCUUCCAACCCCGCCUGCGUCCUCGACGCCUCUCAGGAGAGCUGGUCUACUUUGAAAAAUCUCCUGACUUCUGUGAGCGAGACCCCACAGUGGGCUCCCCAGGCACAAGGGGCCGAGCCUGCAACAAGACCAGCCGUCUGUUGGAUGGCUGUGGCAGUCUAUGCUGUGGCCGUGGGCACAAUGUGCUCCGGCAGACAAGAGUUGAGCGCUGCCAUUGCCGUUUCCACUGGUGCUGCUAUGUGCUGUGUGAGGAGUGCAAAGUCACAGAGUGGGUCAAUGUAUGUAAGUGAGGGUCAGCCUGACCCUGGCACUAGGUAAAGGUACUGUGUGAAAGGGCAGCUUUUCAGCCCUUUGCUCUGAUUUCUGUUUAGGGUCAAUCUUGACACCAUGGAAGUUCAAAGUAUCUACCUGGAAAUGGCUUUGGGAGUCGUGAGGUUUAGGUGAGGUCUGUGAUGUGUGGCCUUCUCCCCAUAGUUGCAGGGUGGUUGGGGAAAACUGUUACCCCUAUUUUGCUCCUUAAACAUCUAAAUGGACUAAGAUGAAAUGCACUGUCAUGCUCCCCUCUUCUCAAAUCCAGGGCCCCUUCUCAACUCCAGGCUUCUGUUGUUCAUACUCCUUUUGGCGGGGGAAUCCUUAAGGUUUGGCUGUCCUCUCCCUUAAGGGAUAGCCCAAGCAUUGUGUGGAGCCAUUAAGACCAGUUUCUAGAAAGGAACUACCACUCCUGUUAGCCUUCCCAUAAUUCUCUACCACAGCCUAGACUUUCCCUUGUGGGGUCAAGUGAGACAGUAGGAGUAGAGAAGUUUUUCUUGGGGAAGGAACAGAGUACUGGAGAGUACUCUCCCCCAAAUCCCCCAAAGGCUAUCCRUGUAGACUCUUAGGGAAGUUGUUUCCUUCCAUUCAGAUGUUAAAGGGGACCUGCCAAAGGAAGGGUUUACCUAAGAUUCUUGGAGCCUGUUUUUUCUUCUUUAGCAGGAGGGAUGGGAAUGGAUAAUUUAUUGUACUGAGACUUGUUCUUGGUUCCAGUUUGAAACUAAAAUAAAUUAAGUUACUG